AGCCGACGAGGCAGCAAUUAGGCUUUGGGGAUAAAACGAGGUGCGGAGAGCCGGCUGGGGCAUUUCUCCCCGAGAUGGCGGGUCUGACGGCGGCGGCCCCGCGGCCCGGAGUCCUCCUGCUCCUGCUGUCGAUCCUCCACCCCUCUCGGCCUGGAGGGGUCCCUGGAGCCGGAGUUCCUGGUGGAGUCUAUUAUCCAGGGGCUGGUCUCGGAGGCCUUGGAGUAGGAGCGCUGGGACCUGGAGUCAAACCUCCUAAGCCAGGUGCUGGACUCCUUGGGGCAUUUGGGGCAGGUCCUGGAGGGCUCGUGGGCGUUGGCCCCGGGGCAGGGCUCGGUACCUUCCCUGCAGGGACCUUUCCGGGGGCUCUGGUGCCUGGCGGAGCGGCUGCCGCUGCUGCAGCCUAUAAAGCUGCCAAGGCUGGCGCUGGGCUUGGUGCUGUCCCGGGAGUUGGUGGCGUCCCGGGAGUUGGUGGCGUCCCGGGAGUUGGUGGCGUCCCAGGAGUUGGUGGCGUCCCGGGAGUCGGUGGCCUAGGAGUGUCUACAGGUGCAGUGGUUCCUCAGCCUGGAGCCGGAGUGAAGCCGGGGAAAGUGCCAGGUGUGGGGCUGCCAGGUGUAUACCCAGGUGGCGUGCUCCCAGGCACAGGAGUUCGGUUCCCCGGUGUCGGGGUGCUCCCUGGUGUUCCUACUGGAACAGGAGUCAAGCCCAAGGCUCCAGUUGGAGCUGGAGCUUUUGCUGGAAUCCCAGGAGUUGGACCCUUUGCGGGACAGCAACCUGGAGUCCCACUGGGGUACCCCAUCAAGGCCCCCAAGCUGCCCGGUGGCUAUGGACUUCCCUACAGUACUGGGAAACUGCCCUUUGGCUAUGGGCCUGGCGGGGUGGCUGGUGCAGCGGGCAAGGCUGGAUACCCAACAGGGACAGGUGUUGGCCCUCAGGCAGCAGCAGCGGCAGCAGCUAAGGCAGCAAAGUUUGGUGCUGGAGCCGGAGUCCUCCCUGGCAUUGGAGUUCCUGGGGCAGCUGGUGCAAUUCCUGGGAUUGGAGGCAUCGCAGGCGCCGCGACCCCAGCUGCAGCCGCAGCUGCUGCAGCUGCUGCCGCCAAAGCAGCCAAGUACGGAGCGCCUACAGCCUUUGGCCCAGGAGUAGUUGGCGUCCCAGGAGCUGGGGUUCCAGGUGUCCCAGGUGCUGGGAUCCCAGGUGCUGGGGUUCCAGGAGUUGUCUCUCCAGGAGCCGUGUCACCAGCUGCAGCUGCGAAGGCAGCCAAAUACGGGGCCGGAGUCGGAGUUGGAGGCAUUCCUACUUUUGGGGUUGGACCUGGGGCCUUUCCCGGCUAUGGUGUCCCUGGAGUCGGAGCCGUCCCGGGAGCUGCCAUUUCCCCUGAAGCCCAGGCAGCGGCUGCCGCCAAAGCUGCCAAGUAUGGUGCUGGGGGCGCAGGAGUGCUGGGUGGGCUGGUGCCAGGUGCCGGAGUCGCCGUCCCAGGUGUGCCGGGAGUGGGAGGAGUGCCAGGAGUCGGGACCCCAGCAGCUGCCGCCGCUAAAGCAGCCGCCAAAGCUGCCCAGUUUGGCUUAGUUCCGGGUGCUGGUGUGGCUCCUGGUGUGGCUCCCGGAGUGGGCGUGGCUCCCGGAGUGGGCGUGGCUCCCGGAGUGGGCGUGGCUCCGGGUGUGGGCGUGGCUCCGGGUGUGGGCGUGGUUCCAGGUGUGGGCGUGGCUCCCGGCAUUGGCAUCGGCCCCGGUGGAGUUAUAGGCGCAGGAGCCCCAGCUGCAGCAAAAUCCGCUGCCAAGGCAGCUGCCAAAGCCCAGCUCCGAGCUGCAGCUGGGCUUGGUGCCGGCGUCCCUGGAUUUGGAGUUGGUGCUGGUGUGCCCGGACUCGGAGUUGGUGCUGGUGUGCCUGGCUUCGGGGCAGUACCUGGAUCCCUGGCUGCUGCUAAAGCAGCCAAAUAUGGAGCAGGAGGGGUCGUCCCAGGCGGUGUGGUGGGAGCCGGACCCGCCGCCGCUGCGGCUGCAGCCAAAGCCGCUGCCAAAGCUGCCCAGUUUGGCCUGCCGGGAGCUGCUGGGCUUGGUGUUGGAGGACUCGGAGUUGGAGGGCUUGGGGUCGUCCCAGGUGUUGGCCUCGGAGGUAUAUCUCCAGCUGUAGCUGCCAAAGCAGCUAAAUACGGUGCUGCUGGCCUUGGAGGCGUCCUAGGGGGUGCCGGGCAGUUCCCACUUGGAGGAGUGGCGGCAAGACCCGGCUUCGGACUGUCUCCCAUUUUCCCAGGUGGCGGCGUCGGGGGCUUGGGAGUUGGUGGAAAACCCCCCAAGCCCUACGGAGGGGCCCUGGGAGCCCUGGGGUACCAAGCUGGGGCCUGCCUGGGGAAAGCUUGCGGCCGGAAGAGAAAAUGAGCUUCCCAGGACCCCUGACUCACGACCUCAUCAACGUUGGUGCUACUGCUUGGUGGAGAAUGUAAACCCUUUGUGACCCUAUCCCAUGCCCCUCCGACUCCCCACCCCAGGAGGGAACGGGCAGGCCGGGCGGCCUUGCAGAUCCACAGGGCAAGGAAAAAGACGGGAGUGGUCAAGGGCCCCAACCGGGAGCCCCCACUUCAGAGGCAAGGGCUUGCGGUCCUGGCCCCCGGCCCAUCCCUUCCCACCUAGGAGCUCCCCCUCCAUACAGCCUCCAUCUCCAGGGGAACUUGGUGCUACAUGCUGGUGCUCUUAUCUUCCUGGGGGGAGGGAGGAGGGAAGGGUGGCCCCUCGGAGAACCCCCUCCCCAGGGGCUCCUCUAAAGAUGGUGCAGACACUUCCUGGGCAGUGCCAGCUCCUCCUGCCCACCAGGACCCACCCUUGGCUGCCAUCCAGUUGGUACCCAAGCACCUGAAGCCUCAAAGCUGGAUUCGCUCACAGCAUCCUCCUCCCCCCCGAUCGCUGUUCCCCACAUCUGGGGUGCCCUUGGGUUGGAAAACCACCCCACACUGGGAAUAGCCGCCUUGCUCUUGGAGAAUCCAUCCACCCGUCCGUCCAUUCGUCCAUCCGUCCGUCCACCCAUGUCCCCAGUUGACCACCCGGCACCCCUGGCCGGCUGAGUGCACCCGCCAUCAACCUGGUUGACCUGUCAUGGCAGCCUGUGCCCUGCCUCCACCCCCACCCGACGCUCCCCAGGGCGUGCGGGGCCGAGCAGACUGGGGUGCCAGCAGGCAUCUCCUUUUCACCCAAGGUGUCCCACAUGCAGUACUGUAUUCCCCACCCCUCCCUGGGUCCACUGGACUUCAAAGCAGUUCCCACCCCCGCCCCUCCCAUCUUUUUGUGUCUCGCUGUGAUAGAUCAAUAAAUAUUUUAUUUUUUGUCCUGGAUAUUUGGGGAUUAUUUUUGAUUGUUGAUGUUCUCUUUUGGUUUUAUUUUUGUGGUUCAUUGAAAAAAAAGAGAAUUUUUUUUUUUUUUCUGAUCCGGGGAGCUGUAUCCUCAGUAGAAAAAUCAUUUUAAUCACUCUGAUAUAACUCUGGAUGAAACACAUCUUUUUUUUUUUUAAUAAGAAAAGAGAAUUAACUGCUUCAGAAAAGACUAAUAAAUGAAAACCUUUAAAGGAAA